AUGGCCGAGCUCGAGCAGCUAGAAGCGUUGCGAAGACAGAACAAAGAUUUACUGGAAAAACUCAAGAAACAAGCCGAAAAACUACACGAACUGAAGCUGUCGCGCCCGGACGAAGAGGUCGGGAGACAAAGCUCCGUCUGUGAAGCGUUUAACGGAAGUAACGUUAGCGGCCAAUGCCUCGCGCCUUUAACGGAGAGAAACGGAGAGAAAGUGACGGCGGCAGGUCGCGCGGCGGAAAGCGUCAAAACACAGGGCGAGCAGUUUGAAGAUUGUGAACCCCCAAAACAUCGUAAACACAACCAGAGUUCAGUCCUGAGCCCUUACAGCAAACUACUGCAGGACACUGGGAACAGUCGCUGGCAUGGGCAUAGAGAUACCACUAGAUUGAUGCUUCCCAAAUCAGUGCCUCUCACACAGUAUAAGAUGGAGGUUGACAGUGCAACUUCUUUGUUCCCCGGCCUGGAAAAUGACAGUACAUAUGAGAGACGACGCAUUCGACCAUUACUGGGCUAUGACUGGAUAGCCGGGCUGGUUGAUGCAGAGAGUUCUCUUACUGAACGCCCAGAGCAUUUCUUCAGUGACCUGCAAAACUUUCGACGGGUCAAUGGAGAAGAAUGCAUCCAGAGCUCGAUAUCUGGACCUCCACUUGCUGAUCUUGCUUCUUCUACGCUUGACGACAAAGAGCCGCAGGAGUCUCCAGACACGCAUCAGUGCACGUUCUGCUACAGAAUAAACAGUCGCUUAUUUGCGACACCUCUGGACCCACAAACUGCCUGUCCAGUUUGCAAGAUGCCCAAAUCAGAACAUCCCCAUACUAAAACAGAGCCGGCUAUCAUCAGGGUCAGUAUUCCUCGUUCUGCUUUAUUGCCAUCAUACAAAUACAAAGCCCAUCGCCGCUGCAGUUUUGAUCCCUCUGACAGCCUGGGUUUACCCUCGCACUGUUUGUCCGGAUGGUCCGAUCCUACCCUGAGCUCUGGCUAUCAGAUGAGCAGUCUGGAUUUACGGGGGUCCAUGACAGCAGCAAAUAAUAAACAGUUUUUACCAUCUUUACACGCCACCUGCCUCAAAAAAUGUGAAAAUGGUAGUAACGUGAAGGGUUGUAAAUGCAAAAAAGAGUGUGCUGGUGAAGUGUACCAGUAUCAGCGACAAGGAAUCUUGAAAUGUGAAGACUGCACUAAGAAAUGCUGGGGGAAUCAAAUUGAAGUAACUUCAUGCACUUUUGACCAUAACCGAUUGUGCCACUGCAGAGCUGGUUUCUUCUGUAAAAAUAGUAACUAUUAUAAUUCAUAUUGCCAUAAUGGUUGUGAUCCAUGUCCGACCGGCACGUUCUCCAGCAUGCCCUCUUUGAACAAAAGCUGCAGACCUCAUACAGAUUGUGCUAAGUUGGGAAAGAAAAUGCUGAAAGAGGGCACGGCAACAAAGGACAGAGAGUGUGGGGAUCUUGAGACUACUACACCCAUCCCAACCAAAGUCAUUACCUCCAUGUUGUAUUCCAUUACAGAGGUUACACAAAGACGCCGAAUGUAUUCACAGUCUACGGAUAAGACUACCUAUGCUUCCUCUGCAAAUACAGGGGACAGUCAACCAUUUGAAAAUCAAGACGGCAUGUCAAAAGACAACCUUCUGCUAUUAAUCCUGUUGCUAAUACUGGUGCUAGUGGUGGCUGUUUUCUGUAUGCUGAGAAAAAGCAAUGCACAUAAAACCCUUUCAAAAUGGACAGAUGUCAUAUCUGGAAAGCACACUUUUACAGAAAAGGGCCAGAUAGUGGAAGCCGAAGCCCCUCUCGACAGUGAUGUCAGGGGUCAGAGUACAGGAGUGACGUCCCAUUCUGGAUCUGGACAGCAGGUCAACAUGGAGCACAAUGUGAAUGGUGAAAAUGUCAACAAUACUGUAGGGACCAUUAUUAUUUACUCACCUGGCACUGUGAUUUUGGGCUCUAACUCAAGUGAUAAAAAAGAAGAUGCAGAAGUCUCUGAGGAGGAUAUUCCUCUUAUAUGCACACCUCAACAGGAGUCGACUCCAUUGCAACAGGUCAGGAUCAAAAUGAGCGCGCAAGAAGAAAAGGAACUGAGUUUUCCUGUGCCUGCCACUGGGAAGUGAGAAUUCAAACCGUCCUGGACUUAACUCGCCUUGCACAGUGGUGUAAACUCAAGUACUUGAGUCGAAGACUUAAAGUGAAGGAUGUGGCCACCUAGUAGAUGUUGCUAGCACGUGGUCAUGAGUCAUUUCCCACUGUGUGUCACCUUGGAUAAAAUCACUGAAAUGUGUUAAUAUACAAGAUGGAAAGCGUCAAGUAAUUGAUGUUUUGAAACCUAUUACGUGCACGCAAAAGACCGCUGAAAAACAGACCAAUUUCCACGUAACACCGACUGUGACUUUACAGUCGAGAUGUACGCCCCAACAUUAAAUUACACAUUCAAUUAACUACAAUGUUGUUACAAUGCUACGAACAAAGUUGUGAAUGUUGAGUUAGCGUAUAUGCUAGUAAAUGCUAAUACUAUUGACGUUACAGUUAUGUUUUGCAGGUCCAUGCUGAAAAAACUUACCACAUCAAACGUCUUUUAAUAAUCUACAAGCAAUUGAUUAUUCUUUAUCUUCGUCUGAUAGAGGCUCAAACAUAAGGUCUGUUUACACACACACAGAGCUACUGAACUGAACUGCUCUGAGAAACAGCCAAUCAGAGCAGAGCUCAACAUUAUUAUUCAUGACCCUUUCAAAUAAGGGGGAAAUCUUAGGGUUGUAAAUUGCACAUGUAUAACCAUCUCUAGAUCAUUUUUGCACUUAAUAAAGUCACAUAUAUUCUAUGUAAAUAUCAGAGAACAAUUUAACAGAUUAUUUCUUUGGCACUAUAUUGUUUUAAUGCAUAAGUGGAUAGUCUGUUACUGCAUGAGUGCGUGUGUGUUGUAAUGUGGGUGUGUAAUAUGCAUAUCUAAAAAUAACUCGUCUUUGGGUAAGUAUAGGUGUCUGAUUUAACUAAUGUGGGAGGUCUGGGCAAACUUUACCUUGUAUCUUGAAUAAGACACAUGUCUUGUAUUUUUGAUAAGAGUGGGUUUAUAUCCCCUUCAUGGGAUAUCCAUUUCACUUUACCGAGUGUGAUCAUGUGUACUUAUUUUCAUUUGUUAGUUUUUCACACGGCUGCUAGCCUAUGAAUGCUUCAUUGUAUAUUUGUAAAUAUAUUUGUUACUGAU